CACUUGGCAGCGUUUUAGAUUAGCUGAAGCAUCUUCGAUAAAUUGGCUGUCUUUGGCUGUCAGUUUAUUAGCAGCUUAUCAGCUUAGUUGUCAAGAUAGGUGGCUGUUGGUCAUGUGUGGCCUGCAGGUCUCACCCAGAGGCAGAACCAAAGGAUGAAGAUGAAGAGGGGGCACUGACAGGUCAUUCCAGAAACCCAACCCAUGUUGCACCAUUUUCUGGGGGACUCCCCAAUGUUUUGGGGGACACUCUGGGGGAAAGAGCUCAUUGAGGAACCCUCCAUGCCAGAACCCCUUCCAGCACCUCGCAUCACCAACAACAUCCUGGGCGAAGUGCUCAUUGAGGACCCCUCCGUGCCAGAACCUCUUCCAGCACCUGGCAUGAACAAUGACAUCCUGGAGGAAGAGCUCACUGAGGAACCCUCCAUGCCGGAACCUCUUCCAGCACCUCGCAUCACCAACGACAUCCUGGAGGAAGAGCUCAUUGAGGAAACCUCAAUGCCAGAACCCCUUCCAACACCUUGCAUCACCAAUGACCUACUGGGGAAAAUGCUCAAUGAGGAUACCUCAGUGCCAGAACUGAGGGUUCGCCGCAUUUUCCAACAGUUCCCUCGUUCUCUCAGGGCCAUCAACCUGCGAAUUGGACACACGCGGACAAGGCUCAUCCGCAGUGAAGUUCGGCUGCAGUGGUGGGAAAGGGAAGAUGUUCCUGCAGACCCUGCUGCACUUCUCCAGCCCUCUGGGUCUGAUUCAUCAUUGUCCUCUGCCUCCCUGGAGGUUGCCUCCAUCCCACCCUCUACUUCCACCUCUUCCCUCCUCCUGCAUCCCUCUCCACCUCCUCCUCCUUCCCCACCUCCUCUGGAGCUGGACCUCAGCAAUGUGAAAGAAACUCUGCAGAGUUUGGUAGAGAUGCAGGUCCAUCAGCUGUGUGACCGCCAAAGAGACCUCUGCAGCUGCCAGGAAUGCUUACAAAGCUUCAAGGCACUGAGGGGACAAUUGAGGCGGCUAAGGAGCAGACUGGCCAGGGUGGAAGCCACGAUGGGGUUCGUGGUUCCUCCAAGGGAGCUGGACGUUGCUGAGGAAGAAGGGGAAGGCAAAUUAAAAGAGACAACUGUGCUACUAUUUACAUAAGAAGCAAUAAAAUGCUGUGUAUAUAUUUUUUAAAAAUUAAAUAUUUGUUUUAAUAGGAUGUAGAGAUAGAACAGCAAUAAAACUUGCAUAUUUAUUGUUUUAAAAAAUAAAAUGUUUUAUUUUAA